GCCUUCCUGUUGUUGUUGCGUUCAAGCUGCGAAAGGGGGGGGAGACAACUUUUGGGUACCAUGGUCGUUUUGUGUUGUCUAUGGAUGCUUAAGGUAACAGUCGGAGCGUAAACUGUCCCAACUAUCCAUGGAGGAUUUUACGGUCUCUAACUGUUUCCUUGCAGUGAGACACUCUGUCACUGCUCGCGUAAUGAAAUCAAACCACUGAAGUCAGUUGAAGACUGUCUUGGCAAAUGUCACAUGGACUCAAUGGAGAGAAAACAUGAGAUUUGCGGCCCCUUCAUUCCCAGGCGUAAUGCUUUAACGAAGACAAGUGCAGAAAUUGUAAGUGAAGCCAGACAGUCCCUGCGAGUCCCGUCCACCCAGAGACCAUUUACUCCGAGAGAUGGACACAGGCAGCUGUUUGGACAGAGCUCUGCUCGGGCAGUUGUGGACAACAGGCCUCCAUCAACAUUUAGUCUUCAUGCUCAAAACUUUGAUGCUCCUGACUCCAGGCCAGGUUCAGGGACUCGCCUCUCUCCUCUUGACCAUAAGCCAAAGUUGCCAGUCCCCUACGAUGCUGAGGAUCCAUCCAGGGCCUUGCCCAAACCCCCCACUGACCCACUGGAAACAAAGAGGGGGUUGGCAGGCGUGCGGGCACGACUUCUCCGAGCUGGAUCUCUCACUACAUUACCUCCUGUAGAGGGAAAAACAGAUGUGAAACAGGGAUUGAAUGCAGGCCCAGGACAAAAGCAGCCUUCAGCUAAAAGACUCUCCAGUUCAGACCACAGUGGUCACCACAAACCCGGCCCACGCAGAGCGGCGAGUGAAAGCAGAAUAAAACAGCCUGUUGAUGACUCAGGAGCUAAACCCACAGCGUGCAGAGCAGAACAAAGAACAGAGCUGGGGCCCGAAGAGAACACCACACGCACAGAGGAGGAUGCAGGGGCAGUGGUGUGGAAUAAUGUGAUUGCUCCUCUUCUGCAACAACUAGAGAGUGUGGCUGCAGGCAGCUCUGCGGGUUCUUUGGACUGCCUGUGUGAUUUGUGUGACAGUCUCCACAGAACCUUGGCAGAAGCGGACUUGCUUGGCCGUCGCUGUAAGAGGAGGUCAGGGAUACUUCGAACACUGUUCCGCCUCAUCGACCUCAACUCUGCCCAGCUCAACCUGCAAAUUGCGAAACUAUGCCUCUCUCUGUGUGUCAGCGGAAAGAACCUGCUGAACAUCUGUAAGCUCGUCUUCCAGAUCAGCCGCAGUGAAAGUAACGAUGCCCUCUUCCAGAACAGCUCCAUCAUAGACUCACUCCUGGGCAUUUUGAGCAGCGAGGACGUGUCUGACUGUGGAGAAGCACUGCUGUACUCUGUUGGGGCUCUGAAGUUUCUCUCAGGAAACAGUGCAAUCCUCAGACUCCUGCUGGACAAGAACUGUAUCGGCAUUGCCCAGAAACUGAUCCGGAGGCUUUGCAGAGCAGAAGACAGCAACAGCACUAUAGCAGGUCACAUCCUUGUACAGCUGACUGCGACCUUGAGGAACCUUGCAGAUCAUCCAGAUUCCCGUCCACUCUUCGUCUCCUUCUAUAUACUCUCAGAGCUCUGUGAUGUGCUGCAUCUUCACCGAAAAGACCAGGACAUCUGCACCAACAUUUCCAGGAUAUACAGUAAACUCUCCUCUUACUCUGAGUGCCGCCUCGCUCUGGCCCAGACCCCCGACUGCUACCAACUAUUUUUAGACCUGCUGAGCAAACAUCACCAAAAACAGGACCUCGUCGUGCGGCUUCUCUUCACACUCGGGAACCUCACAGCUAAAAGUGAUGAGGCUCGCCAGCAGCUCUUUCAGUGUACCGGCUGCAUGGACACACUCCUGAAGUUGUACGACGGCUACCAGCGCAGAGAAAACACCCCGGAGAUGCUUCAGAGAGGUCCUCCUUCUCCCAGAAUGCCCUCUACACUGCAGGAGGAUGAGGACGUGCUGGUGAAGCUGGUCAGGUUGCUGGCCAACAUGUGCAUCCACUCAACUGUGGGUCCAGCUCUGGCAACCAAUACAACCUGCAUUCAGCUGCUGAUGGAGACACUGGAGCUGAGGAGUGUGCAGGAAAGCGAGGAGCUGUUGGUGAAUGUGGCUGCCACCAUCAACAACUUGUCUUUCUACCAGGAGGGAAACUCUGUGCUCACACACAAUCAACUCACCCUUUCAAAGUUGGUUUUGAAGUUGUUGCUCAGCUCAAGUAUAGACGCAGUGCUGGAGGCUACACGUGUUUAUGGAAACUUGUCACAGUCCAAGGAUGUACGGGACUAUAUUAUGCAAAACAAAGUGCACCAGUUUCUAGUGAUGCUGCUUGACUCAAAAAGCACAGAGAUGUGUUUUUCAGCCUGUGGGGUCCUCACCAACCUGGCUCUGGACCCCCCCAGCAGGGUCAAGCUCUCACUAGGGGGGGCUGCUGCCAAGCUUGUGGACUGUCUGAAAGACUUGGGGCCCGGUGAUUGGCAACUGGCAGGCCAGGUCUGUCAGGCGUUGUGGAACAUGAUGAGUGGAGGGUCGGAGAUGCUGCUUGACUCAGAGGAGAGAGACUCGCUGCUGGAGAUCCUCAUUACGUACUCAGAUGAUGAUGAGGCUCUGAGGUGGAUAAAGAAUGAAGACAUGAGGGACUACCACAAAGCAUGCUGGGAAUUGGAGUUCCUACCUGUAGCUUCAAAACUGAUAAAGACACUCAAGCCUCCAGACCCAACAGCAUGACAAAACUGGGACAUGGAGUUAAGAGUUGUAUGUCUUAUAUUUAACACUUACCUCUGAUGAGUUUGAAAUGCAACAGUAAAUGUUUGUGGUUUUAUUUUUCCAUGGAGGCAGAAAGAGGUGUGCUUGAGAUUUGCUAUGAAAAAAAGGCUAUAAAAAAAUCCUGUAAAAUGACUCAAUCUGCUAUUAGAGCUUUUCUGCCCACACGAUAAGCCAUGUGUGCAAAAUGAUGGCUUAAUUCUCGGAAUUUAAGCAUAGCAUCGAUGCUUUAUUUCAUAAAGUAUAAAAUUACAUCUACUUGUAGGCCCUCACUUUGAAAGCAUGUGAUUAAAAGACGAGGCGUUAAAAGUGGCUAAUAAAAGUAGAUUCAAUUUAAAUUAAAUAGAAAAAAAUAUAUGAAAAGGAGCAGAUUUUAAUUUCAAGUCCAUAUAUUGGAAUAUUCCCAUGCCUUUGUUCAUUUAUUUUUGUUGUCCUUUGGUUACUCUUGACCUUUCAGUACCAGCAGCUAUAUCUUUCUAUUUAAUUUUUUAACUUGUACUUUUGUUUUUAUGCACUUUAUGAUGUUUCCUGUUGAGCUCACAGAAGCCUUAAUCUUUACAUGUACAGGGAUCCUUUCAUACAAGCCCUUUGCACAUUUAUAUUAUAAACUCAAUCUGUUUGUUCACACA